AUCACGAAGAACCUUGGUCAAGCUCUAGAGCAAUCUCGAUAUUGCGAUAGGGAUUGUUUGCUGUGGAUUAAUGCUAUUUGCAUUAACCAAAAUCACAAAAUAGAACGUGGUCAGCAAGUACAACUGAUGGGAACCGUAUACGCCCGAGCUUCUUGUGUUCUUAUCUAGCUAGGUGCUGAGACACAUGACAGCGCGCAAGCAAUGCGCG